AUGGCUGUCGUCGAGGAGUUUGAUUACUUGUGUCGUCUGUGCGCGACCAAGACCGGCAUCCUGAUGGGGCUGCCGAUUUUCGAGGCCGGCGAACAGAUGCGCAACAUCGAUAAAAAGAUAGCAGCUUGUCUGCCGGUUCAGGUAUCAUUGACAGAUCAAUUACCCAAAGUGGUUUGCGAAGAAUGUGCGUUUAAACUAGAUCAGUUGUUUGAUUUUCGUGAAAAAUGUCUACAUACGGAAGGAUUGUUUAUGAAGAUGUUGAAAGAAAUUGGUAAAGAAGAAGUUGUGCAUAUAUCAGAGCACAAUUUAGCAACUGUGGAUAAUAUGGGCACAGUUCGGAGAAACUUGAAUAACAUACAGAUUAAUAAUGAAGAUGUACAAAAUCAUUCAGCUAUAUCUCAUGAAACUGCAGAAUCUACCAUACAUACAAUGCAAGUAAUGGAUGAAAUGGAUCUAGCUGGUGGUGAACAAGUGGUUACUCAGGAAGAAAUAGAUCAACAAGAUGCUGAUAUUCAAGUAGCAGGCAUUGAUUGUUUAGGCGAUACAGUGAGAAUGGUCGAUGAACAUAUACGAGAAGUUUCAAAUCAUCAGAUUGCAAUGCAUUUGGAGGGUGAUAUGACUGUAGUAGGAAAUUUGGAUGGUCAUUUGAGUCAGUUAGGAAUUAAUUAUGUUACUUCUAUCAGUCCCGAAGAUCAAAACCAAGAGCAGAUAGUACAUUAUUGUGAAAAUAUAAAAUAUGAGACAAAUCCAAUAAAACAGGAGUAUCGUAGAUUACAAAAUAGUUUAGCUACAGAAGAGUCGCAACAUGUACUUGAAAAUAAUGUAUCCGCGGAUAAUUUUGGCUCUUCUCAAACUGAUGCAGAAGGUGAUAUAGAAGAAUCUUGUCUGAAUGAAAAUGGAAUUCGCGAACAUGUUGAUUCAAUGAACGCUUUACCAUCUACAAGUCAUAUAAAUGACAUAUCUUGCGAAAUAAUGGUUAAAUAUACGAAAGAAUCGAAGCACGCGUUACUAGAAUCUACACUCAAUAAUCCUACCAUGGACGAAACUGGUUCGCAUUGGUACAUGUGUCCGUUCUGCAACGAGGCAGCUUUAGAAACGACCAGUCUAGCCGUACAUUUCGAGCAACAUUUCUGUCGCUGUAGCUGCGAUUCAUACUUUACUAGUGUCGAGCUAUUAAAUUUACAUAAAGAACAGUGCAUUGUAUAUAAAGAUAAACUAGUCGAUAAGAAAAAAAAGGACGUACAAUUAAACGUAGCGACACCGUCGCGAGAAAGAAAUGGCAAUCAAGAAGAGCAGAAAAAACAAUCGCCAACGGUAAAACGGAAAUGGACUGCGAAGACGUGCGACGAAUGCGGUAAGCAGUAUAGAACGAAUUACAAACUACAAGAGCACAUGCGCAAGCAUACGGGCGAGAAACCGUUUCAAUGUACGACAUGCGAGAAGGCAUUUCGCAGCAAGAUCGGUCUCGCACAGCACACGGCCACGCACACGGGUAAAUUCGAUUUCAAUUGUUCCACCUGCGGCAAGGGAUUCCAGUGCAAAAGCUAUCUCAUCGUACAUCAAAGAGUGCACUCGGAUGUGAAGCCAUAUCCAUGCAUGACGUGCGGUCAAAACUUCAAGACGAAGCAGUCAUUGUUGGAUCACGAGAACCGUCAUUUAGGCGUGAAGCCGUACAUGUGCGAGAUCUGCGGCCGCGGUUUCAUCACCAAGGGUCUCUGCAAGAGUCAUCAAAAGAUACACUCGGGCACGGACAAUCGCCAAUAUCCGUGCGCGGUGUGCAACAAGAUGUUUGUCAGCAAGAGUUACCUCAACACGCAUCUGCGCAUUCACACGGGCGAGAAGCCGUAUCUGUGCGAGGUGUGCGGAAAGGGAUUCCUGACACGGGUUGAUCUCAAGAUUCACUCGACCAUGCAUACCGGUGAAAAGAGCUUCAAAUGCGAGAUAUGCGGAAAGGUAUUUGCCCGACGUGCGGCGCUACGCUGUCAUCGGCGAUCGCACACGGGCGAACGUCCUUACAGAUGCGACGUGUGCAAUAAAACGUUCACGCAAUUCAGUCCGAUGGCCAUUCAUAAGCGUUUGCACACCGGCGAACGGCCGUACAAGUGCGACGCGUGCGGUAAAGGCUUUGUGUCCAGGUCAACCAUGAUGUGUCACCGAAAGAAGCAUCACGAUACAACGACCGUCGUGCAGAAAGAUGCGCCUACACAUGAAGAGGGAGAGAUUAAAAUCAUCCUCUCUGAUAUCGUGGUCAGAGAUACACACGAUGGAAUUCAAAUCGGCGUGGAUUGAAGAUUUCGCGAGGCGAAGAUGAUGUAUGAAUUUCGCAAGAAUCGCGGUAAGGUGCAAAGUUCCGGGGUGCUAAGGAAAUUUCAUCCGCAUUUGUUACAUAACAAACUGCUUUCGUCUCACCAUAGUGUAUUCUCUACCAAUGUAUAUUUAAAAACUUUAUAUAAAACUAUUUUUACAAGGAACAGAGUUUUUAUGGUAAGUGAGAAUACAAUUAAAAGUUAUACUGCAUUAUUGAUGCAACGUAUAUGAUUUUAUAUGUUCUCUACAGUAUCAUCCUUUAAUUCUUUUUUU